AUGUCGAGUUCGACGAGAAACCCUCCGGACGCCCGCGAGGAUGUCGAAAGAGAAACGCCAAGACAGGGUGGACCAUUGGCAGACCUGCGUAACCGAGUCGUCUUCCCAGUAUUCGAUGACCUGCCCAUUGACAACGGUUUUGAUCCUGGCUUCCAGGACUUCGUGUUCGGGUUUGGUCAACUGGUCAAACGCCACUGGUGCUUCCUUGCCGAAAUCAAGUUCCACCAUACACAUAAUGGUACGCUAUAUAUGUAUUUCAAAGACUUUGACGGCAAUGUCCCUCGGUUGGGGUUGGGGUUCUGUACCGACGGGCAAGGUAGCGAGAUUCCAUCGGCGUAUGUUCAGGAAGGGUACACUAUCGCGCUCAUCUACGCAUUCUGUCAUGCCCGCGAGACGGGCGAUUACAACAUCCAGCAUGAGUUCCCGAGGAUGCUGAGGGAUUGCCAGCGACGUGGAUGGAAGAGCAAUGGUCACAAGGCUGAUUGCAAGCUGCUACGAGACCGGAAUAUACGGGACAUCUUUUACUUUCACUGGGAACAGUUCAUGGGGACGGCCCAGUUCCCUCUCCUCGGUACAGAGUAG